CAGCUUUAAAAAUGUGACGACAUGGAAGCCACAGCCCCAUCUAUGGAGCCUUCGGGCCAUCAGAUUGACUGUUUAUCUACUUGUUUACCCCAAUCUCCCCGGAGACGAACUGAGGAAGGUCAAUUUGCCGGUAACUUUACGUAGGGACUGAUGAUAUUCCAGGCUCCUCGCAGCACCAGAAAGCCCUUGCAGAAGAACAUGGAGAAUAGUUGCAAGCAAGGCCUCGAUCUCAGGCGAAGAAAGAGCAUAAAUCGGCCAAGUGGGCAGGGGUGGGCCCACCAGCGUCAGAGCCUGGUUUCCCAGACGCCGGGCCCUGUGCGUUGCCAUGCCAACACCCAAUUGUUGAUGGGAACCGCGGGUCACAUAGAUAGAUCUCCAGUGCUCCAGAAUAAACCUUCACAUCUUCACGUCCUCAAGGUUUCUACUCAAGUUCAAUUCAGAACAUCUGGAGCUGUGUGAUCUUUGCCUUGAGUGGUCACUUCUAAACCCCUUUCCAUCUUGCUAUAGUUACUUGAGGCUCUAGCAACUUCCACUUUCGCUUUUCGUUCUUUGCGCGUUCAAUUGUUUCAGGUUCACCGACUGACACCUUACCAGGAUCAACCGUCAACCGGCUGCACAGCCAUGAUUUCCGCCGCACCGAACGCGCUGGGAAACGGCCGCCAUCGCCGUCAAAUUUCCACACCAGCAGCUCCAUUCGAGGUCGCCGCGCCGGCAAUUAUGUCCAAUAUGCAACCCCGUCGCUCACAUCGUCGGGGCCAAACGGUAGACUUCAGCUCUUUCAGCCCACAUGUCGCCAUGGACCGACAGCAUAUGCCGAAGACGGUUUCGCAGCUACGAGACUAUUUUAACGAAAAAUCAGGUUACCCAUCUCAACAGAGGAACGUACAUCAGUAUCAAUCUUAUGCCCCACAGCCAGAGCAGUCAUAUAUGCCCUCGGGUAUGCCUGUGCAGCAAUCCUAUCAAUACCAGCCCUCGCUCGGCUCCGAUUGCCAGGCCUUCAACCAAGAACAACUGCAAGCGAUCCACACUAGCACUGGCAGCCCUUCACCAUCUUCGAUCGGUGCUCCGGCUCUGUCCCGGUCAGCCAGCGAGUGCUCCGAAAACACACCAUUGAAGCUCGCUCUGCACCGUAUGCAGCAAGAACAAUUCUCGAACCAGCAAAACCAACAGUUCAUAGACAAUGCCGAUUGGGAAUUGUUUCCCCAGCGCAACAUGCCAAUGGCCCAGAACGAACAGGUGACGGCUUUUGCAGGAUCGAUGCAUCCAGUCUCUGUUCAACCAAAGGCUCCUUCUGCGAGGAUUAUCUCGCAAAUGUCUACUGAUUACGCUUCACCUCUCACCCCAGAUUCUACCCCUUUGAAAAGAUCCAUUGAUUAUUCCAUGUAUAGCAAUGACCCGACACCUACCAAGUCCCAAAGCUUUUCCUUCCCCCAUGUGCCUGCUUCCUGUGAGAUGCAGAAAACCCAGUCCCUUCAAGGAGUCCCUCGUGUCACCCCCAUGCAAGUCAAGCAUCAAAUACCCUCGCCCGCCAAUUCCCCUACCGGGUCCUCGUUCACCGAAGUUGCUGAUAUGCCAUCGCCUAACUCUUAUGGAGUGACCCCGCAAAAGCCCAUGAUCUCAGCACCAUCUCUCUCCCCCGCAUCAUCUGUUAUUCAGCCGGCUGCUUAUGAUGGAGAUCUUGACGCCAGAGUCAAGGCUUCUGUCCAACAGACUGGUGUGUCAACUGAUGAGAUUGCCAAGUACAUUUCAGGACCUGAUCCCAAGGACGGCAAGUGGGUAUGUCUGUUCACGGACUGCCUUUGCCGCUUUGGCCGGAAGGAGAACAUUAAGUCUCACGUCCAAACACACCUUGGAGACCGUCAGUUCAAGUGCGACAUCUGUGAGAAACAUUUCGUCCGCGGACAUGAUCUCAAACGUCACCUCAAGACACACAGCGGCAAUAAGCCUUUCGCAUGUGCUUGUGGUGCCAGCUUCGCCAGACAAGAUGCUCUCACUCGUCACCGCCAGCGCGAUAUGUGCGUUGGCGGCUUUACCGGAGUGGUUCCCAAGACCACCAAGCGUGGUCGCCCUCCCAAGAGAAAGAACAACCGUCCUGAUGUCGAUGCUCGCCAGAUUAAGUCCACUCGUACUCGUCAACGGGUUGCCGAAAAGGCCGCCUCGCUCCCCUCAAUCCAGACCCACCGUACUCUCCAAGAGGCUCCUGUGUUCAACUCGCCAAACUAUGCACCAUCCGGUGCCGUCUCGUCAUUCACGCCGCCUACCUCCCCUGGCAACAGAUACAACGAUAUUUCCUCGCCAUCUGGAACGUACAACUCUCUCGACGCCAAGCUCGAGGAUGACAUGCUGCCACUAUCACCUCCUCAGUUGGCUCAUGCCAGAUAUGAGCAAGCCAUGGCACACUACGGAUCAAAUCUGACUUCUGAGCCGUACUCGCAGGAAUCUAUCUACAGUGGAUCUGCCCUUUCCCCUCGGGAGAUGUCUUCUCCCCACACGGCGCCCACCCUGAUAGAAUCCUCCAUUGGUUCAGAUAUCGAUAUUUUCAUGACGCAAGACCCAUCUGAAGACCUACAGAAGGAGUUUGGACACCUUACCAACUCGGGUCUGCCUAGUUUCCCAACUUAUCAGUUCAUGGACAGCAGCGACUUUGUCACAUCAUCUUUCUACCCCGAGAAGCACUUCUCUGGUCUCCCCACCCUGGACGAUGAGCUGGCCGACCCCAUUGACUGCUUGUCCAAUGAAUUCCUCGUCGACCCUUGA